UAAAACAUAGCUGGCGUUUCAUCCAACCAUCAUACAGUUUUCUGAAAUCAAAAAAAUAACAAGUGAAAAACACAAAAAUGUCUUCAAAACUUUUGACUUUCUUUGUGGCAACUAUAGUAGCUUGUGCAGCUGAAAUCCAGCCAGCGAAGAGAAGCGCUGGGGGAUGGGACGUAUCCGGACUGAUACCUGGCCUAGUGCAGGUUACAGGCGUUACUGCUGCUCCAGCAGGCUGGUCGUCAGAUACAAGCUCGGAUGUAGCUGGCGCUAUAGCGGCAGCGAAAGCAGCGGCCUCCGCUGUCAUGGCAGCUCAGAAGCAAGUAGCCGCUGUCAGACACGCUGCGCUGGAGCAGCAAAGCGCUGCCAGCGCCAAGGAAGCCGAGGCUGCUAUUGCUGCUCACAAGAGUGAAGAGGCAUCAAGAGCUGCUCGAGCACAAGCCCUCGAAGCUGCUCAAGCCGCAGUACAGGCUCAAGCUCAACUGGCUGCAGCUAAAGCUCGCGCCGCCGCUGCACAGAAGAUAGCCGCCGCUCGGGAAGCCGCUGCGGCCAGAGCGAUCCAACGCGCUGCUCAAAAUCAAGCUGCGAAGUUGCAAAGUGCCGAUCUUGAAGCAUUGAAGCUGUCAGUAAUCCAGAGCUCUGGAGCUGCAGGUGCAGCUGGUGCAGCACAGCACGCCGCUACCGCUGCUGCUGCAGCUUUACGCCCAUCUGGAUGGACACCUUCUUGGAAAGCCACCUGGACGCCUUCUGGGCCUUGGGCAUGGGCUUAAAAGCUUCGAGUACCCUUGAAAGAAGCGAAACAAUACCUACCUUCCUAACAUAUAAAUGCAUUUAGAUAGAAAAAAAGAUUAAAGUACCUAUGAUUGUGUAAUUGUUUAACUAGUUUAUAGGUACAUGGUUUAUACCUAAGGCCGAAAUGAAAAUUAUGAUUUCGUUAUUUUGAAUUUAGUUAAGUAAGUAGUUACCUACUCGUAGUUAAAGUAUGUGUUAUUCCUGUUAUUUUAAUAAUAAAGAC